UAUGACUCGCUGACCUCUGAUGAAACAUAUCGUAUCAGUAUAGGAUCCUUCCAUCCAGACAUCGCAGCUUCACCUAGUUAUUCCGAUGUUACCAAGUCAUCGUUCAGCUACAAUAAUAGCUCUAGAUUCUACACACUGGAUACUGCCGUAAUAGUACAAGGAAACUCGUUAGGAAAGACUGGGUUGCGAGUACGUUUGGUGCGCGCAGAGAAUUGGAGCGAAAUCGACGACUCGUGGAAGGUACCGGAGAAAUUAGAUGACAACCAACAGAAUUUGCUCGAUGUAUGGGUUAGAAGAAGUAAGGACUCGGAACGUUGGACGCAUAUUUUUGUGGCAUCAGUAGUGGUUCUGAUCACUUUUGCUAACAUACUAAUGGGUUGUGAGUUGGACAUGAGUGCAGUUUAUAGUACCAUAAGAAGACCUAUAGCCCCGGCAAUUGGGUUUGCUGCUCAGUUUGUUAUUAUGCCUCUGCUCGCCUACGGCAUCGCUAAAACGGUGUUUGUGUCACGAGGACUGUUCUCGUUGGCUCUUGGGCUUUUCAUCACGGGCUGUUCUCCAGGUGGUGGAGCGUCCAACUUCUGGACACUUCUUCUAGAUGGAAAUGUGAAUUUAUCUGUAACAAUGACAUUUGUAUCAACACUUGCGUCACUAGUAAUGAUGCCGUUCUGGAUCUCACUACUUGGAAAAGAAUUCCUGCAGGGAUUUUCAACGGAUUUCAAAAUUCAUAUCCCCUAUGCAAAAAUUACACGUUCUCUCGUUGCCCUUGUUGUUCCACUUCUCAUCGGUAUAGCCAUAAAGAAAUGGAAACCGGAAUGGGCAGCGAAGUCACGUAAGGUAUGUCCUUUAGAUGAUUGA